UCUGACGCGGCCUAUGUAAAUUUUUCUAGCGCUCAAUUUGCUCAUGAAGGAAAUAAAUGCUCAUGUUGGAGAAUCAUCCUUAAUUUCAGAAGAUAAGCUUCCUGAAACAAACAAUAUCGUACCUCAAGAGUUACCCAUUUCUUUAACUAUUUUACAUAAUCGCACGAAGCAUCAUCUGGUUUUUCAAUCAUCCACAACUAUUGCUGAAGUUAAACAGUCUAUAGAACCUUUAACACACGUUCCUGUAGAUAUGCAGAAACUAAUUUUUCGCGGAAUAUUGUCGGACAAUACGACGCUUGGGGAGUUGUCAUUACCCGGUAAGGAUGCUAAGCUGAUGCUGGUCGGUACAAAACCUUCUGAAGCAGAGCAAGUUCGUUUAUCUGAAGCAAAUAAUCAUGCUAAUGAAGAAAUUUUGGAUGAUUGUCGAUCGGAAGUUGCGAUGGACUGGUCUGACCAGACCGAACAUAAACAAGUUUUAGAACGUUACGGAAAACCGGAGAAUGCUAUGGUCGGAAUAUUAAAUACAGAAGAAAUUUUAGAUCCUAAUGAAUGUUUACUUGGCCUUUGUGACAAACGUGGGCAAGCAUUGAGGUUAAGGAUUAAGUCAGAUAGCGGAGAAUUGUGGUUAGCUACAAAGGAUGUAACUCAUAAAUUCCCUUUAGCCACUAUCCAUGAUGUAGUCAGUCAACCUAUUAAAGAUCAUCCUGAAUAUCAUAUAAUGGCUUUUCAGUUGGGUCCCACUCCAAAGUCUCGUUAUUUUGUGUAUUGGCUACCGUCUCAGUAUGUGGAGUCGAUCAAGACAAUGGUAUUACAAUACAAAAUAAUUUCUUCAUUAAGUGGUGCAACCGGAACGAAUAAACCACUUUAAAAUAGAUCUUUAAUUAUAUAUUGUAAUCAAUCGAAUAUUACAUUGAUUUUAAAGAACAAAGCUAGGAUCAACAGCUUCAAUAUUUUUAACAUGUGCAUUAUCUUUACUUUCUCCUUGAAGAUUACCACCUAGAUCCCCUUAUUUCUAGAUCUUACUAAGGCUUUAUUUUUCACCAGCUUCCGAAACUCUUCACCAUUACUUAAACUUUUUUUUGCGUGAAACCACUGUAUUUAUAUGAAUAAGAUCAAUCAAUUAUAAACGAUGCUUUGCAAUGUUCUUGAAGGUUUUACUUGGUGAUAUUAUUUCAAAGUGUGUAACUACUUUGACCGAAAAAGAUUUAUUAAAAUGGUCUUAUGUAUUUAAGUGAACGUUCAGAUAACAAUGUGCUUUGUCACUAUUUUUAAUGUUUGAAGAUCAUCCAUCCACAAAACAGCAGCUGUCUUGAGUUUUUUUUUCAUAACGUUCGGUUAGAACUACACUUCUUUUAAGAAGCUUGAUGACCUGCAAGAUUAUCG